AUGGCAAAAAGAAAGCGAGACACCGGCACCAAUGCCAAAUCUGCAUCAAAUACUGCAGACGGCAAGAACGAGGCCUCGAAAGUCGCCAAAACCAAUGGACAUAUUGAUGUCAAGACCGCUGGUCCCGUCAUCCAGAUCAUUGCCGGUUCAUAUGAAAGGGUUCUGCAUGGCAUUACCGCAUCUAUCUCAGAUCUCACAUCAUCAGAGGCUUCACCAUCCGUUCAAUUUGCAGAUUCUUUCUUGUUCAACGCCCAUGCUUCUGCGGUGCGAUGUUUAGCACUGUCCCCUAUGCCAGAUCCGAAUUCUUCGGAAGCCCAAGGCGUUUAUCUGGCCACCGGAGGCUCGGAUGAGAAGAUCAAUGUCUACAAUCUCUCUGCAUCGCCAGUGGCUCUCAAUGACAACAAUCUCCCAAUGCCGUCGUUGGGCAACAAUCCCAUAUCCGAGAACCCCAGGAACAGAGAGCUGGGUACGCUCCUACACCAUUCCUCGACGAUCACGGCCCUGCACUUUCCGACACGAUCCAAACUGCUUUCCGCCUCAGAGGACAACACCAUCGCUGUGACCAGGCUGAAAGAUCUCACGGUCGUGUCAACGAUCAAGGCUCCCCGGCCCAAAGUACAAGGGCAACCCAGCGGCGAUACCGCACCACCUGGGGCAACGCCUGCUGGGGUCAACGACUUCGCCGUGCAUCCCAGUCUCAAACUCAUGCUCAGUGUUGGUCGAGGUGAGAGAUGCAUGCGGCUCUGGAACCUGGUGACUGGGAAAAAGGCUGGGGUGCUUAACUUCGGCCGGGACAUCCUGCAGAGUGUGAAAGAGGCCAAGGCCAGCAGCGGAGAAGGGAGGAAAAUCAGAUGGCAUCCUGUAGGGGCGGAAUUUUCCGUGGCUUUUGAAAGAGGUGUUGUUGUCUUCGGCGAGGAUUCCAAGGCCAAGUGCAAGGUCCUGCCGGAGCCGUUGACCAAGGUGCAUCAGAUUUCCUAUGUGUCUAUACCCGUCUCCGCCGAUGAGGAAUUGGCCUUGCUGGCCGUGUCGACAGAGGAUGGUCGAGUCCUUUUCUACGACACCGACAACCCGACCAGUCUCACCUCGACUGGGGGAACCAACGACGAAGCGCCGACAAUACCCAGCGCUACGCUUUGCGCAACGGUGGGUGGAAAAUCCGCGGGCGUCACCGGUCGUGUCAAAGACUUCGAGAUCCUGUUCCUGGCACCGGUGCGGGAAAAUCAACAGGACCUCGCCAUGGUGACGGCAAGCAGUGAUGGGACGAUCCGUGUCUUCCGACUUCCAGUGGCCGAUCUUCUGUCCGCUGCGAAAUCGAAAAAGCCUGCACACUUAGGUACAGUGAUUGGUUCAUACGACACGGGCAACCGUAUUACGUGCCUGAAAGCUUUCGUUAUGCAGCCGCCGUCUGAGAACGGCGUCGACCCGGAAGCUGGAGAUGAUGACUUCGAGGGAUUUGACGGAACAAAGGCAGAGAGCGAAAGCGGAAGUGAGAGCGAUUGA